CUCCAAUGUAAUACAAUCAUAUUCGUCUAUUCGUCUUCGAGCUUGCAACGGAGACGGAUGUAGUGGCGAUCAUGUCGCGGCAUCGGAAUAUUAGAGCGCUCGACGUGGAUGAAGAAUAUGAAGGCUAUUACUCAUGUUAUGGACAUUCUGUUGAAGAUGAUUUUUGUAUCUCUCCAUCAACAGAAGCACAAUUUCUAUACGACAGGAAUUCGCAAAUGCCAUCCAUGCGAUCUUUCCUUGACAAGACACCUACAGUACCUGAAGAAGACUUCACACAAGACUCCCUUAACAGCUCUAAUGAUGAUAGAGUAGAGUUAAAACUCAGCAGUUUGGAUACUGCAAAGUUCAAUUCCUGUGUGGAAGCUGUGCAAGACAUUGUUGGUGAUACAAUAACAGAUGCCAUUCUCAAAAAGGUGGUGAUGGAAUGCAAUUUUGACUUGGAAAAAUCUUUAAAUGUUCUUUUAACAGAUAGUGCUCCAAAGCCGCAACGAGUAAAGAAAACAGAGUCUCUACCAGACAGCAAAAUUGAAAGAAAAUUGAAGAUUUUUGAAGGAUCUAGUAUUACCCAAAAUGUAAAAAGUGGUGAAACUAAACAAACACAGCUGAACAGAAAUUCUCCAGUUAUACAAAGGAGGCAAAAUUUCAUUCCUGAGUCUAUUGAAAAGAUAACUUAUAAAGAUGCUAGUGAUUCAAGAAAAGAAGUCAGUUCUGAAAUUUCAAACACAUCCGAUUUGAGGAAGAAUGUGAACCUUACUGCUCCAGUUCAUAAUGAUGCUGUGCCUUCUGAUGAACCUAGCACAGAAAAAGAUAUGAGCUCAAAGCCAGUUACACAAAAGAAGUAUGAUGCAUUUGAUCUUUAUACCAAAGAAAGAUCUCUGCUAAAGACACUUAUAAAUCUUAUUGUCAUAGGACAUGUUGAUGCGGGUAAAAGCACUUUGAUGGGUCAUUUGUUAUUUCGGUUGGGACAAGUUUCAAAGCGAACAAUGCAUAAAUUUGAACAGGAUUCAAAGAAGCUUGGAAAAUCCUCCUUUAUGUAUGCUUGGGUUUUGGAUGAAACUGAUGAAGAAAGGAAUCGUGGGAUAACAAUGGAUGUUGCUCAAUCCAAGUUUGAAACUCACCAUCGCUCUGUUGUGCUUCUUGAUGCUCCUGGUCAUAAAGAUUUCAUUCCAAAUAUGAUAACAGGAGCAGCACAAGCCGAUGUAGCUAUACUAGUUGUAGACUCAACGCGUGGAGAAUUUGAAACUGGAUUUGAGGCUGGUGGUCAAACCAGAGAACAUACUAUGUUAAUUCGAUCUCUAGGAGUUUCCCAAAUUGCCAUUGCUGUCAAUAAAAUGGAUAAUGUGAAUUGGAGCCAAGAGAGAUAUAAUGAAAUCAAAGGAAAGAUGUCUUCAUUUUUGAAACAAGUUGGAUUUAAGGAAAAUGAUGUGACAUUUGUUCCAUGCAGUGGACUCUCAGGAGAAAAUCUCAUUAGUAGCCCUCAAGCACCAGAGCUAAAAGAUUGGUACACUGGACCUACUCUGGUGGAAGUUAUAGAUAAUUUCCAACCUCCAGAACGAGCUGUGUCUAAGCCUUUAAGAAUGUGCAUCAGUGAUGUAUUUAAAGGAACAAGUGGUGGCUUUUGUGUUGCCGGGAAGAUAGAAGCUGGAGCAGUAAAAUCUGGUGAAAAAGUUUCAGUUUUGCCAGCAGGAGAACAAGCAGUUGUCAAAGGUAUUACCCUGGAUGAUGGUGCAUCUCAAAUUUGUUUUGCGGGUGAUCAUGUUAUCAUGCAAUUGACUGGAGUGGAUAUUAAUAAUGUUUCAACUGGCAGUGUAAUCUGUGAUAUUGAAAGACCAGUGAAAGUUACUUCUUCAUUUGAAGCUCGAUUAGUUAUCUUUAAUGUUACUAUUCCCAUUACCAAAGGAUUUCCUGUGAUUUUACAUUAUCAGAGUUUUAGUGAACAAGCUCUUAUUAAGAACUUAAUAUCUCUUUUAAGUCGGAGCUCUGGUGAAGUUAUCAAGAGAAGACCCAGAUGUUUACCAAAAAAUAGUAGUGCUGUUGUUGAAAUGGAAGUCAAUCGGCCUAUAUGCAUUGAACUUUUUAAAGAAUAUAAAGAGCUUGGACGAUUUAUGCUUAGAUGUAGUGGAUCUACUAUUGCUGCUGGAAUGGUAACAUCUUUAACGUAAGGCCAGAUAAUAUGAUUAUACUGAUACAGUUAACUCCAGAUUAUCCAUGGAAUUGAGUGGAUGAGUGCUGCAGAUAGUUAAAGCACUGAAUAAGCUGCAAAAGGCUAAAAUGAGGGACUAAUAAUUUAACAAAUGUUCUCCCUCAAAAACUUGGUUGUACUAAUGCAUAAUACUUUCUACAAACAGUUAAAAUGUUUUAUAUUUUUGCACAACAGGACUUAACAUCAAUAAAGAACAAGUGUAUGUACAGUGAAGAAAGCACAAUAAAGAAAUAAAUGAAACAAAACCACCAAAUUAAAUUUACAAUUUUUCGACAUAACAGCCUUUAGUAUUUGCUUUUUGCUGCAAAAAUACAUGUUUCUUAUUGUUGAUUGACUCACAGAUAAUCCGGAGUUUACUGUG